AUGAAGAUUUUUUUGGUGCUUGUGAGUUUCUUCGUUUCAGGUUCACCUGCUCCGCAUGGGCCAGUUUCUUCUCCUCCCACUGUACAAAGUGCAACGCUGUCCCAGGUUGAUCUUGCAUUCAGCACUUUGCCAACACUACAGCCCACGUCAGAAUCACACAAGGAAUCGGCAAAAAGCCUGACAGAUACCAUCAUUGUGAUCAUUGUGUCGGUCUCUCUGGCACUGCUCGUCUGUGCCAUCAUCCCACUGAUAUUCUAUGGACACUGGCGCAGCUCCGGAGAGGAGUCGAUCCACAACAACGCCGGGGGUAACACGUAUGUGGCGGAGUACAUUGACGAGCACACGGACAUCCCGCUGGUUCAGAGCUCUGUGGCCCUUCAGACAGAUCUUGAGACCGAGGCUCCAGACCUGGCUAAUUAUGCCUCUACCUACCAGGCCCUGGACCCACAAUCGCUGGACUAA